AUGAUGACAUACAUUGUAUUUAUUUUAAGUAUUAUUUUUGUGAUUAGGUUUGUGGGAGUUUCUUCAAAACCUUUGCCUAUUUAUGGGGGUUUAGGGUUGAUUGUGAGCGGUGGUGCUGGAUGUGGGAUUGUGUUGAAUUUUGGUGGUUCAUUUUUAGGGCUGAUAGUGUUUUUGAUUUAUUUAGGGGGAAUGUUAGUCGUGUUUUGUUAUACAAUGGCUAUAGCCACUGAGCAGUAUCCUGAGGUUUGGGUUUCUAAUAAGGUUGUUUUGGGGGUGUUUCUUUUAGGGUUAAUAGUAGAGUUUUUAAUGGUAUUUUAUAUUUUGAAGGAUGAGGAGGUGGAAAUUGUGUUUAAGUUCAAAGGGUUGGGGGAUUGGGUUAUUUAUGAUACCGGUGAUUCUGGUUUUUUUAGUGAGGAGGCUAUAGGGAUUGCAGCCUUAUAUAGUUAUGGUACUUGGUUAGUGAUUGUUACUGGUUGGUCAUUGUUUAUUGGUGUUGUGGUUAUCAUGGAGAUUACUCGGGGUAAUUAA